AUUCCAUUUGUCUGGGCGAGUAGGUCACAACCUCUGACCUUUACACUGUCUAGCACAAAUUUGUUAGAUUUCUCGACAUUUUCUUGAUUUGUUCGGUUGAUGUUUAAUGAGUUGCGAGUCUGAGGGUGUCAGCUCAUCUAGCGGGAUUCGGGGCUCAAACCCAGCCAGGCACGUGCUUGUCAUGGACUCGGCGCUGCCAGAAAACUUCAUACAUGUCCUCUCUCCACAGAUGGGAAUCCCUGUUGUUGCCGGGACGACAGGAAGUAGCUCCCUCAUCACGAUCGCUCCCGGCGGAUUGACACUUCCAGUGUCCAUUGCUGCAGCUACAUCUGCUGGUUUGUCAUCGAAUGGUGGAACUCCGCUGAUGGUAAGCGCAGACUUUGCCAGCAAACUGAACAAGGAGAUGGUCUCGCCCCAGGUUAUCCAGAUACCCACUGGCUCGGUGGACUGGGCUUCAAAACUAAAGGAACUACAACAGCAACAGAGAAUUGAAGGCCUCGUUUUGCCAAAGGUGUGUAGAUAUUCAGUGACUGAUUCCAGCCAGACUUUUCAUGUGAACUUGAAUAGCGACAUUACUGUGGCCGACCAGCAUGCCGUGCGUCUGGAGAGACUUCGAGAAGAGAGAGAGAAGUUGUUGGCCGCCGGUACACAGAAACAACAGUUUGAGAACAAGUUUGAACCAUGUCUCGUGUGUGGGGACCGGGCUUCAGGUCGCCAUUAUGGAGCCAUCAGUUGUGAGGGCUGUAAGGGUUUCUUCAAGCGAAGUAUCCGCAAACAGUUGGGCUACGCAUGUCGCGGGAACAAAGACUGUCCGGUGACAAAACCCAACAGGAACCGGUGUCAGUAUUGUCGCCUGCAGAAAUGUCUUGGGAUUGGAAUGAGAUCUGAAUCUGUGCAGCAGGAGCGGAAGCCAUCGGACAAGGAAAAGCUGUCCCCGACAAUGGUCUCCACAGCGUCACAGAAAAUCUACAUACGUAAAGAUCUGCAGAGCCCGUCCACAGCAAUACCAAUGUUCGGGCAGCGAGACGAGGACCAAGCAGUGCGUGUAUCACCAGGCCUUUUUCAAGGCAUUUUGGAACAAGGUGGUGAUGCCGGGAGCCAGUCUACAGCCAACUUAUUGGCCAGCCUCCAGGAGCGGCUGGUUCCCACAGACCAGGGCCCAUUGGUUCUCGGCACAACAACUACAUCAAAUACAGAUCUGAGUACAUUAGCAAAUGUUGUAACAACCCUGGCAUUGAUGGGUGGUAAGACUGAAGGGGACCAGCCAGUUUCCAACGGUGACCCUACGGAUGUCAACCAGUCAGUCGCGAAAGCGUUUGAUACACUGGCGAAAGCUAUACAACCACAGUCCAAUACGAGCCAGGAUGCUAGUUUAAAUACGGACCAGUCCAGUUCAGAUUAUGCUGAGAUGGCAGAUGAAGGAUGUAUAGAAAUAGAAGGGCCCAUCCUGACUCGACAGAACUUUGUAUUCUCGUUGACGACCCCGUCUCCCAUGCCAGCGUAUCUAAACGUCCAUUAUAUAUGUGAAAGUGCCUCUCGUCUUCUCUUUCUGUCCAUGCAUUGGACGCGCUCAAUAGCAGCUUUUAAUGUGCUCUCGUCUGACGUGCAGACUUUGUUGGUUCGGAGUUGUUGGAGCGGACUGUUCACUCUUGGUUUGGCCCAACAUGCCGAGACCAUGUCGCUCUCCACCAUGCUGAUGGCCAUUCUCAACCAUCUACAGUCUUCCAUGGAGUCAGACAAGGCGGUUGGGGACAAGGUGAAAAGUGUGAUAGAACACAUUUUGAAGCUACAGAGCUACAUCCAGAAGAUGCAGGCUCUCCAGGUGGACAACCAAGAGUAUGCUUAUCUCAAGGCACUCCUGCUGUUCUCUCCAGACAAUCCAUCACUUCCCAAUACAGGACAGGUGGAGAAAAUCCAAGAGAAGGUUCAGAAUGAGUUCCAGCAGUAUUUGCAAGAAUCAUUACCAGAUGACUCUGACAGACUGUCCAAACUUCUGUUGCGAUUACCCCCCUUGCAUGCUCUUCAAGCUAAUAUCAUGGAGGAGUUGUUCUUUGCGGGGCUUAUCGGCAACGUACAAAUAGACAGUAUUAUUCCGUACAUUCUGCGAAUGGAAACUGCAGAAUACAAUUCCCAGCUUGGUAGCUCUGGUUUGACGAGCAAUUUGAGUUUCCCGAUCUCCACUGAUGCCACAAUGUUGAAUUCACAAGCGGACCAGACAUUCACAACAGGAAAUUCAUUCUUGAUUAACCCACAACUGAUCGUUACUCAAGCCGGUUUAACAACUGAUUCAUUAAACAGCUGAGAAAUUGUUUCUUCAAUGUUCAAUUGUUGUUUAAGGUAUCUGGAACUAUAUUAUGUGAAGUUUUCAUGUCUUGUGACCCCAUAUUAUUUUUUUAUCAUUUGAAAGUAUUUUCUGUGUAGAGAAAUUAUAAUACUAAGGAUAACAUAAAAAAACAACUACUUUUGUAGUUCAGUAAGAUUUCUGAAGAGGCCUGCUCACAUCCAAUUUCUGUUUAAAUAAAGAAUGAAAAUACAAUUUGCAAUGACUUCAUCUAACACAUUAUUUUAGUCCUUUACCUAUUUUAGUAAUCAUGUCUUACCUUUCAAAUGUUUCCUAAUUCAUGUUGGGUCGCUAGGCAUGAACAUUUAACAUGACUAUGAAUGGCUCGAUGAAAUGUCAAGUUAAUUUGUGCAUCAGAUGCCUUCAGUCUUAUCCAAGUAUUUGAGUUGACAUUGUAUAUGACAUUUUAUCCUAAUGAUCUUCAAGCAUUUUACUCUGCUUUUCUUUGUGUUUGGAAGACAAGAAAGUGUUCAGUCAUAUUUACCUUUUUAACUUACAUACAAUACAGAUAUGUGCUAAAUAUGUUUCAUUUAUUUUAAUAAUUUAACAUUUGUAGCUUGUGCUUCAGUUUGUAUAAUGAUGUAAUAUAGAAAAUGGAGACUGGUUAAAGAAUGCCAUGACAUAUAUUGAACAAAACUGAACCAGUCUUACCAAAUGAUGUGUAUUGUUUAAAAAGAACAAUGGUAACCAUUCCAUUACUGAAACAAUAGUGAAACAAUAGUUUUGUCCUCCAGUCUUUAGUUCACAAGUGCUCUAUGCUCGCAUCCCAAAAAAAUAACCAUUGCAAAACUUUGAGGUAUUUGAAAAUAUAAUUCUAAUAAUAUCAGUAUUGGUUAAUUAGAAGGACUUGUAAAUUUGUUAAUUUUUAAAGGGGCUGUACUCCGUAUGAUGAAAUAGCGAAUAAAAGAAAAAAAAAAGAAGAAAGAAAAUUGUCGAAAACUGACAUGAACUUGGUAUCGAUACCGGUAUGUAUAAUGCAUUGAAACUUAAUAACAUACUUAAUAACUGAAGUACCACAUAGUUUACAAUUAAUAUUUUUUUCCAUUAAAAAAGAUAACUAUGUGUGUCAACCUAGUAGAAUUCAUUCCUUAUGCAUGAUUGGCUGUUGAUGUUAUCACGUGAUAUUACCAAGUUAGGGAAUAUAGCUUAAAUAUUCUAACUGUUGAGGGUAAGCCUUCUUAGCACAGUGGAUACAACACUGGUCUACAAUUUUGGUGACACCGGUUCGAACCCGGUCUCGGACUCGAUUUUUUUUAACAUUUUGGUAUUUUUUUACAAUAAUGAUAUCAAAGAGUAAAACAUUUUAUUAAAUAAUUGUCCUGAGAUUUGUUACAGAAAAAAACUUUUUUUGGUACCAAUCUGGUGAACAGUUCCUUUAAAUCUCUGCAUAAUGUCAACAGAUAUUUUCAAGGUAUUCAGUGAACUUGACAUUGUUGUAGAAGUUUUUUGAAAGUUAGAUAUGUGCAAUGAAAUUGUUUUUGAUGCAUUUUGUUUGUUUUUAAUGCUUGUUUGUUCUUUUCUGCUCAAAUUCCUUAUUUUAAUUCAGUGCAUGUUCUUGUUGUUAUUUCAUUAUGAUUAACUUUGAAAGACUCUGUAUCUGCAAGGAAAUAUCAUGUUUGCAAAUUUGAUGAGAAUUUGUAGAUGUUCGUGUACUUCUUAUCCUCACUCCGUAUCAUAUGUCCUUACAGACGCACAUGGCCUUGUUGACCACCAGGGUGUGUAUUUUCUCAGAUACGGGGUCCUGAGCCCUUCCCCCUCAGCCAAAUGCAGCUAAUUUCUCUGUAAAACAUCAUAGUGGACGCUAUAUGUCAUUGUAUUGGUCGCCAUUUAUUUACAGCGUACCUCCUGACAGCAGUGAACAGUUUUUUCCAGUUUAUUACUAGUACAUCCAACAAGGAUCAGUAUUAGCUUGCAACAAAUUUUAUUUUUUAAAAAUGUUCAUAUUUUUACACACAUGAGUAAUAACACAGCAGAUGCCUGUCAUGUUUGUAAGGACAUUAUUCGCUAUCUGUUUAAGAACUUUAGAUCAAAUAGAAGUGUGAAAUGAAUUUUUAGUUUGUCUGUUUUCUGAAGGAAAGAUUCGAGGCCUUGCCUUGGUGUCGGCGUGAAAAAGCUUUGGAUAUAAUUUAAAACCUGUUCAAAAUAUUCAAAUGAAACUUGGUAUACAUGUUGCCAGAAACAAUAUGCACAUGUAUAGCAAGGCUCAUAACUGUAGCUUUGAUAAUUAUGGAGUUAUUCCCCUUUUUGACUAAAAUAACAACAGAUGAGUGUGUGUUUUAUCCUCAUUGUCAUAACUGUUCUGAUGCUGUAUGAGUCGAUGAAAUGUUUUAUUUGGUUAUACAUGUAUUAUUAUUUUUUAUGAAUAUCACGUUGUUCCUGGUGUAAAUCAUUAACAAUUGUUUCUGAAUUUUAGCUCAUUGUUGAAUGUUGGUGCAUGUAAUGUGCUGACCUUAUGUUUGUACAUAGUUCCCAUAGUUAAUGCUGUAAGCAAACAUCCAUAUGUCUUAUUAUGAAAUCAUUGCUGACAAAGUGUUCUUUAUUGCAAUCAUUUUUGUUGUUUUAUCAUUUAUGUACAGUCAUUAAGUAUAUCUGCUAUAUCAAGUCCAUUUUCCUGCCUGCAUGAACAUUUUGUAACUUGUGAGAUCAAGGGCCAAUUGUUCAGAGCUUUGUUCAAGUUAGCAACGUGAUUAAAGUCAUCAUUGUUAACUUUCUAAUCUUAACUACCCUGGAAGUUUCAUGGACAUGUUUGUGAUAUGCAGCACUCCUUACACAUUUUGAGACAACUGUGUCAGGUGUGCUCGUUUUAUUAAAAAAAUAUCAGCACCUCAUAAAAUAGCUCACCUUUUAAAUAAGGUUAAAAAAACAACAAUUUCUUUAACAACGUUGUGAAAUCAAAGUUUUGAACAAUCGGCCCCAUGUUUAAGUUUAUGAUUGCCUAGUGGUCCAGGACAAGUUACAAUGGUACCAACAUUUUUGACAUUGAUAACACAUUUAAACAUAUUCUUGUAAAUUUUUGUCAUAUUUUAAUAUUUUAAGUAAUUCUGAUAAUCUAAACACAUGCAUGUUUAUUUUGCUAUUUCUGAUUAAAAACUUUUUUUAAGGAAGGGUUCACAUUAAAUUGUCAGAACUUUGGCACGUGUUCAAUUAAUAAUUGUUUGAAGAUUUUAGAGGCGCUAAUUAUAAUUUGGUUAUUGAAAUACGAUUUUGGUCCAAAGAACCCAUAGCCUUACAAAUCCGCUAUAAUGCAUGGCAAAUUGUACCAAGUUUAGUUAUGAAGUAUUUCAACACUACCUAUCAGAAAUGUAAUUAGUUGUGGGCUUUCAGGGUUUUGUUAACUUCCAUCUUUGAUCAUUGUUCCAAUAGUUUGGCACUACACAACCGAUGUCUAAUAUAUCUUCAUUGUUUAUACAAGGUCUCUUGAUGUUUCUUUUUUUGAGCUGUGGUUUCUUUCAAUAAAUUUAAAACCUUCAUAAGGUCACCUCAGGGGUAAUUCAGUGUUUUGAACGUUCUCGAAAUAAUUGCCUAUCUGUAUCAGCAUUGCUACAGUGUUUGGGAAAUAGUGUAUCUGGCCUUUUUUCAACGAAGAGGACUUAUUCAGUAAUUCUACUUUCUUGGGCCUUGCAUGUAUGGAAGAUCAGGGGAAAUACAUGUAGCUGCUGCAAUAAUAAUACCAUCCUAGAAAUUGUAUUUCAAAAACAUGUACUUCAAAAACUAAAGAUCAUGAAUAUAAUGAAUAUUUAAUUGCUCGUCUUUUUUUCUGAAGAAAACAAGUUGAGGUAUUGUAAUAGCCUGUGUGUGGUUGUCAUCAUCAUCGUUGUGUAAAACCUUUGCUAUAUACAGCAAGACUAAUAACUGUUGCUUAAAUAAUUGUAGAGUUAUGCCCUUGUUUAGAUUUUAAAAAAACAACACAACAGAUGAGUGUUGGCGUUCGCUGCGCAGCGUUCAUUUAAAAUAUAAAAUUUAUGAAUAAUUUUUUGACAUAAUGACUUGCAGUGAUUUUUAAAUUAAAAUACUAAUUUAGUUUGAUGAUACUUAUUGUAUUUGUUUUACCGUAAUCAAAUGAUAAUCAAAUGAUUGAUUUGUAUAGAAAAUGAUUUUUUUACAUUCAAUGACAGUUGCCUGUUUUGUACAGUUGUUAUCACUUCAUGAUUCUAUCGUUGUUUUUGCUUGAACCACAUCAUUCUGAGAAGAUCAAAUAAGUAAAUCAUUGAAAUAUU